GUGCUUCAAGCAGCACGUAUGGUGGACGGACGGGACGUAGUGAUUCGGGUUGUUCGUAUGGGCGCAGUUGGGGAGAUGCACUUGCGCAUCUUGACUGUCCUUGGACGAGGCAAGUGGGCAACACUAUCCCGCAACCACGCGCUACCCCUUUACGAUACCAUCGACCUCGGCGAUAUCACUUUUGCGGUCUUCCCCAAGGCUGGACCCCGAAUGGAUCUCGCGUUCGGUCCGGGGAUCGGUUGCUCCGUCGGGGACAUUAUGGAUAUGAUCAUGCAGUGUCUUGAGGCACUCGAGUUUCUGCAUUCCAACGGGAUAGCUCACCGGGACGCCUCCGUGCAGAACUUCUUGGUGCAAUAUCUUCCUAGAUCGAUCGCUCAUAGGAAGUGCGCCAACAAGGACUAUCCAUGGCCUGGACGCCCUCGGGUCUUCAUCAUUGACUUUGAGCUCUCCGUCAUGUUCCCAGAGGACACGCCGUCUCACGAGCAGGUGUGCGUGGGUCCGCUCUACGGCGGGACAGUCCCAGAAGGGAAUAUCCACCCGCACCGGUGCCCGCCCGAGGUACUCACUGGCGAGCCGUACAACCCCUACAUGCUCGACAUUUGGCAGUUCGGUAUGAGCCUUCGUUUCUUCCGGUCGACUAUCACGGAGAUCGACGCCGUACUUGAACGCAUGCUCGCGGCCGAUCCAACGACGAGACCAUCGGCGGGCGAGGCGCUGAAGCAGCUGGCAGGCAUUGUAGCUGGAAUUGCACCACGCGAUCUCCAGAUCCCGCCGAUCAGACUUGAGGAUUAUGAUUGA